UUGGUUGUCGCCAUCUUUAAAAGUUUCAAAAAUACUGUUAACCGCAUUUUUAGCGGUGCAGUUGUUUAUAGUUGUUGAUAGUUGAUUCUGUAUAAAGUUUUCAUAUAAUAACAUUGUGUUAUAAACAUUAUAACUAUUUUAAAAUAUCCAGUUAAAUAUUCUUCGCGUUUAAAAAACGAUAGAGCGUUUUAAAUAAUUAGAAAAUUAAAAUUAUGAAAAUGAACGAAUAUCUUGAAAACAAUGUUCCUGAUAAAUAUCAAGGAGACGUUGGAAGAGCUCUUGAUGCAAUGUCAGAGCAUUUGGAUAAUCGAGGAAGAAACUUUCGUUGGUCAAUGGGAGAUUUUCAAGUUGGAGCACCUUUAGGUCGAGGUAAAUUUGGCCGAGUAUUCUUAGCUAGAGAAAAAUCAUCGCAUUACAUGGUAGCAUUGAAAACACUUUACAAAAUUGAAUUGGUGAAAGGAAAAGUUGAAAAGCAAGCAUUGCGUGAAAUUGAAAUUCAAUCUCAUUUAAGUCAUCCGAAUAUUUUACAACUUUUAACUUAUUUUCAUGAUGAAAAGAAAAUUUAUUUAGUACUCGAGUUUGCAGCAGGUGGUGAAUUGUAUAAGGAGCUGAAACGUCAACCAGGCGAAAGAUUUAAUCAACAUUUGUCAGCAAAGUACAUUUAUCAAGUAGCAGAUGCUCUUGAAUAUUGUCAUAGAAAUAAUGUUAUUCACAGGGAUAUAAAACCAGAAAAUUUAUUACUUACUUUUAAUGGCGACAUUAAAUUGGCCGAUUUUGGAUGGUCAGUUCAUGCACCCUCUUCAAAACGUCACACGGUUUGUGGUACUUUGGAUUAUCUUCCACCGGAAAUGGUGACAUGUCAAAGGUACGAUGUGUUUGUCGAUCACUGGUGUUUAGGAAUAUUGUGCUAUGAAUUUCUCGUAGGAAAAACUCCUUUCUUCAGUGAAACUCAACAGGAAACAUACGAUAAAAUACGAGCUGUAAGAAUUCCAUGGCCGUCGCAAAUCACACCAGGAGCCAAAGAUUUAAUUUCAAAGCUCAUACGAAAGGAAAGUAAUAAAAGAAUUCCACUCGCAGAUGUAAAGAGACAUUUCUGGAUUCUUGAACAUAAGAAUGAGAAGUAAAUGUUUGUUAUUCUAGGUUUAGUAUAAUUAAUUGUAUGAGUAUUGUCAUGACAAUGUUUUAUUGAAAAUAUUGAUUAUAAAAUUAGAUAUUAAUUUAUAAUAAUCAAUUUAUUUUUAUACAUGUAUGAACAAAAUUUACAGGACUCAUUAUUAUGAAAAAUAAUUGUUUGAAAUUGAAUUUAAGAAUUAAUUUCUAUUUUUUUCGUUU